AUGGCCCUUUUGUUAGGAGAAGAAAGACGGUGCCAAAGACAUCCCACCUUGGCGACCCCGUUUUGUUUGGUCCCUCCCAUAACGGACUCCCGGACUUCCAUUCAUCGGAGAUGGCCAAUUAUCCCGGGGUCACCUUCGGUAUUUAGUCUCCAACCCGGCGUCGGCAUGACGGAGAGAGUGACGGUGGAUGCUACGUGCUCAGGAAGUAGGCUAAGUGUAACUGGAUCAAAGAGGAUAUGGGCACGAUAUUCCAGGCGUGACUCUUCGAAAGGCGGUAAUGGAUUCUUCGAAUACCGUUCGACACAGAAGAGGUUUGAUUAG